CCAAAAUGACCAACUUUUUAGGUUGUCACGCAAGUUGAAGCGAAAUUGGUAUUACUUCGUGUGGGUACAUUUUUGCAACAUCGUCUGUAAACAAUUGUUUGUGAUUUGCGUUCCCAUCAUACCACAGAUCAGAAUUCUCUGCCAUGGGCCAAGCACCUUCCACCACCAAGGGCGGACUUCCUGCCUUGACGCACUCGACACCCGCCUUGUUCCCGUUACCGUCCGAUGAGUCGGAUCUACCUGAGAACGCCGUACUCGACGUAGAGCUCGAGAUCGUGUCCGCCAAAAAUAUCGUUGCAGGCGACUAUUUGGGCGUCACGGCUCUACUGAAGGGCCAAUUAAGCUCCAGCGACGCGUACGCCGUGAUCGAAGUGGACGGCCAAAAGGUGGCCUGGACACAUCCGGUCUUCUCGACGUUGGAACCAGUUUGGAACGAGAAAUUUUUCUUCAGGAACGUCCGACCCGACUCACUGUGCAAACUCUACCUGUUUGAUAAGGACGUGAAUGCUGAUGACGAGCUGGGGGAGACGCAAUUCACGGCGGCCAAUACGGACGGCGUCGAAUCAACGUUCGAGUUGGCCAUCUCGCUCCAUGGGCGCAGUGCUGGUACCAUAGUGGUCAAAGUCAAGUCGUUUCCAGUCGAGCCCCUGCGUCGUGUCCAGUUCCAUGAGCUCGGCUCUGUGCGCUACUCGGUCCACUCGAGUGUGACUGCUGGUCUGAUGACCAUGUCCACUUCGAACGAUGCGAGAAUUGAGUCGUUGGCGUACCACAUUCAGUUGCACAAUAUUCACCAAUUUUUGCCAACGGAGCACGAGUGGAACAAAAAUUAUCCGACGAUCCAACGGAUUUUUUCUCCAGAUUAUCCGGGGUCACCGGUAUUGCGUCAGGCGAUCAUGACGCAACAUGCUGUGAUUUACACGCACGGCCCGAUGAACACAAAGUACGGCGCGAUCUCGUCGCCGACGGAAUUCUUCAAGCUGAUUCAUGAUGGUCGGCGACAGGGCAAGCCAGUGCUUUUCACCUACGUCAUUACCAAGAAUGGCUGGUAUUUUUCGGAGACCGGUGCGGCUUUUUUCAAGGAUAUGCUGUCCAAGCACAUGCUGCACUCCGGCGCCGCAUUUUCUGUCUUGUAUGCCGGCGAGUUCCGAGUUGAUAACUACUUGUUUGGAGAGCCCAAGCUUGUCAUUGAUAAUGAUAGUGGCACGUACGCACCGCCCAAGGAAGAUCUGCCGCAGCUCAAGGCGCUGAUGGAAGACAACUUCCCUGGAAUGAUAGUCGAGGCGUUGGAUCGCGAAAAUGAAGACCAGCAGAAGACGCGCAAGGAAAUUCUGGACUCUUGGAUGUGAAAUCCAAUCAUUUAGCUUAGCAUUACCCUUAGGAUACGAGCUAACAUACCUAGUAGAACAAAUUUUGAAAAGAAAAAAAGUGGCCUCAUUCAAGUUUUUUUUUUAUUUCGGAAA